AUGUCGGAGGUGAUCGAGGUUCGAUGCUCUCGAUGCAAGAAAACCAAGCCUCAGACUGAGUUCCCGAUACUGAGUAACCUCGCGUACGCAAAAAACUGCUUCAUCUGCCGGGAGAAGAACAAAGCUCGUGCAGACCGCCAACCGAAGAAAGCACCAGGGCCAUCUGACAGAGGGAAAGACACGUCUGGGGAGCAGAUUCCAGAAAUCUCGCUAUCCAGACUUAUCUCCCUGAUGGAAAAGCACGGCUCUGUCAAACCUUUUGAGAUCCAUGUUAACAUUAAACGCUCUGAGCUUGUUCUUCUUGAGGGAGAGGAGAGAACACCGGAAAAUCUUUUGAAGUGUAUGGCGUCUCACAUUUAUCAAGCCACGGGUUAUAGAUUCAACUACAAGGGGAAACGUCCCAACAAGGGCAAUACGGAUGUACACAAAUUCGAAUUCUAUUGUGCUCAGCUGGACGGUGAGCAGACGAAGAAUCACCUGGUGGAUGAUGUGAAGAAGCAGCGCGGUCGAACAACCAUGGAUCGAUUCAAAUGCAACGGUCAUCUCAAUAUCACAUUGAAUUCAUCGCGGACGGAGUUCAUGAUGGUCCGUUUAUCUCAUCAUCUUGCUCACAAGCACUACACGGACAUCUCCAUUCCCGCGGACAUCAAGAAAUACAUUCGAGAGUCAAAAGGCUUGACUGCAACCAAGAUAUACGAAGAAAUCAUCAAGAUGCAUCCCAAGACCGAACUUACCGAGAAGCAAGUCUACCGCUGUUGGUCGGAUGUGAAUCAAGGUCGUUGGCGAAAGGCAGAUGAUCAGGUCGAGUCGGCGAAGAUUCUCCUGCAGGAAUACAAGGACUUGACUAUUGACAUCGUUGAAAUCAAUCCCGAACCCGGCCUCUCCACUAUUGCGUUCAUCUUCCGGGAAAUUUUGGACGAGUAUGGAGGGGAUGUAGAGGAGAUUGCGAUGGAUUCGACCUGGAAAACAAACGCAGCCGGCUACGAACUGUAUGCUAUCGUUGCCGAGGCGAACGGAACUGCUCUACCACUCGCAUUCGUAUUCACAACAUCCGCUGGUGAAGCUGCAGCAGAGGGGGCCAAGGAUCGAAUGUUGCAACAAGUUCUCCGUGCCAUUUCGACGGAUGAUGGUGCUCCAAAUAUUCGUUUCGUGCACACGGACAAGGACCUGAGCGAGAUCAAUGCUGCCAGAGCCGUCUUUCCCGACUCGAAGCAUCAAGUUUGCAUGUGGCACGGUCCACGAUACGUGAAAGAGCGGCUAUGUCAAGACAAGUUGCCUGCCUAUUACGAUCCUAGAAAGGCGCACAAAGUCUACAAGAUCAUUGAUCCAACCUGGUGUCCGGGUGUUCCCAAACCGUGCGAAGAUCCCAAUUUGGAUCAUGUUGGGUCCGACGAUGAAGCGGAGGAAUUGGGUGCAUCCGAAAACGACUCGGCUGAUGGCGCCGAUGAUAUUCAGGGUUUCGAUGACAGUGGUUCGGAAUAUGAUCCGGAGGAGGCACACACCGAGCCUGAUACAUGCCUGCCACCGCUCUUCAUCUUGACUCAAGGCGACGUCAAACUUCCGAUCUAUCCCAAUCCUCCUAAGGUUCGCAAAGCGGACAUUGGCGAGUUCUGCCCGAAGGAAUUCCGCGAAUCGACGCUGGAGCUCUUCAAAAUGCAUGGUCGACUGCACCCACACAUUCCGAUCAACGAGCCUGAUGAUCCCGAACAUCCUUAUGUUUCCGCCGAAGAGAUAUACAAAUGGGUUGUCUUUGACAUGUAUUGUCACUGCUGGGACAACGACUUGCCGCAAGUUUGGGCGUAUAUGUGGAACCGGUGGUACUGUCCUGCGCAGUGGAAGCUCUGGGCUCGCGCAUCGGAGCCAGCAAUCCCUCGCAUCAACACAACCAUGAUCGUCGAGAGUAUAUGGAAGCACGUCAAGCAUCGAGACCUCUCCGAUUUUAAUCGGCCGCGGCUGGACCUUGUGACCUACGUCAUCAUCGAGAACCUGUUGCCGCGGGUCAAACGCAAUCUUGAUGGCCUCCGUCGAGUCCGACGCAUCGGCCGUGGUCGCGAGCUUGUGGGAUGGCAGAAGGACUUUCGCAUUGAAUGGCUGGAGUUGAGCAAACGGGAUGAAUUGCGAAGCAUGGAGCGGGAGCUCCAAGUCUGGGUCCAGAAUCCGAAGAAAUCCAAGGAACGGGAUGUUCGUUUGGCUCGGAUCGCGGAAAAUGCAGCUCGACAACCUGGUUCUUACUUUACAGAUCUCGACAAAUGGGUUUGCAGCUGCACAGCCUUUCUUAUGAGCCGCUUCUUGAUGUGCAAGCAUCUUGUCCGCGAGGCUAACGAACUUCUCGACAACAGUCUGCUCAAAGAUCUCGCUCUGUUUGCCGAACUUCGUCGCAAUCAUUUCGCGCCCUUCUAUCGCAUUCCGGGCAUACAUUCUAUGGAGAAUGACGAUGAGGAGGAUAUGGAUGACGUGGAGAUUCUGGUACUUCACCGGGAUCGCUCUCGAACUCAGUCGAUGGCUAGUUCCCGUGUCCCGUCUCCGGAUUUGGAUGACGAAGAUCAGACGGACUUACCAAUGUCGGGUUUGGAGGACAGCGCAUCUGCUGAACAGGAAUCGCAGAUUGGAGCCGACUCAGAUUUAGAAGAUGAUAUCCGUGCCCUAGCAUCGGACGAUGAGGGACCUGCCAGCCAAAAGAUUUAUCUCUCUAAGGCUAGGCUCGAGAACCUGAAACGUUCUUUUGCUGCGAUGCUCGAGACAGCCUCUGAUCCUCAGGGAAUGGCACCAAAAUUGGCCGAAGCGAUCAUGCCCGCUGUCGAAGCUGUCGAGGAUACCGGUGGGAGCAUUGACAGGUAUCAACGCCGUCGGAAAACUCACCGCACGUACAAAGACUCGGAUAAGUAUACCAUGUUUCUCCCUAACUAG